AUGGUGCGGGCUAAAAAAUAUGAUACGGAGGGUAAUUAUACCGAAGAAUACCAAAGGAUUAGGUUAAUUCGGUAUUUGCUCCAAAAAAAAGGUUAUCCUAAAAGUUAUUUUAUUAUCGAAUAUGCAAUUCCUAUCGGACAUAAAGGACAUAAUACUUUACGAGUAGAUUUAGUAAUUAAAAAAGCGAACCAAUUUAUCUGUGUGGCGGAAGUUAAAAAAGGUUAUUCCGAACAAAAUAGGAAAUCGGCCAUUAAACACCAACUAAUUCCGGCCAUGCGAAUAGUUAAUGCUAAAUAUGGUAUUUAUUUUGAUGGCACUCCAAAAAUAGUAGUUGUUUUAUUAGCGGCGGGUUUAGGUUUCUUUUUUUGGCAAAAAAAUAGUUCUGGUUCUUCUUCUGCGGUUCAAAAUGAGGAAGAUAGCGACAUCCAUGGAAAGUUUAAGAGUAAUGGCUAUAUAGACCCCGAAUCUGGUUAUUCUACUUUUAAACCUCUCUUUUCCCCAAACAUGUCCGAAACAGAAGCCAGAGCGGAGUUUAUUGAGGCAAUAUGA